UACAAUGCGUUUCUAUGGAAACAAAAGCGAUGUUUGAAAAUGGAUAUCGUUCCGCAAUAUACAUUCAUUCCACUUGCAUAUAAGAAUUACUUUAAUAUAAAUGAUAAAGAAACGCAAAAUUUAUUUAACAAAUGGGGAUUAAAGGGAAAUAUCGUUCUUCAACAUUUUUCUUUCAAUGAACCUUUUCAUUUAUAUCAUAAAUACCAAUUUGCUGAGGCCUUUUUUAAAAGCAGCAUUGUUGCCGAAAACUUGUUAACAAAAAGAGGAAGCUCGUGGACAAAACAAGGAAUCAUUGCAUCAACUGUGGAUGUGCAACAAAUACCAUGUUCUGUUAUAAAUAUGUCUUUUUUUAAUAAAUUGGAAAAUCCAGAUAAUGGAAUAAUAAAUAGUUCUGGUGUUAUUCGCAAAAGAUAUGAUAGUGAAAUUAAUGAUUUCCUUAUUUCUGACAAGUUAAGAGAGAUGUUAUUAGAUGAAGAGUCAACCCAGUAUGAUUUAUAUACAGAAGAUGAAAGAAAAGAAUUUAUCUUUUGCAUUUUCCAAAUGUUGGUUCUUGGAGGAAUUUUAUGCCAAUAUGAAGACACUUUGAAACCAUAUCUUGAUACGACAAAACGAAUUUAUAAAGAUCUUAUAAGAGUACAAAAACGAAAAUAUUCGGAUGAUUUAUGUGUCAGUACAACAGUUUUAAAAGUUACAGCAAAAGAUAAUAAAAAUCAAGCAUACUUUCCGAGUAAUAAUCCUUUUAAUAUACAGAAUGUUGGAUUUCUAUUGAUUGAUGGAAAUCUACGUGAAAUAACAACAUUUUUACAUCAGUUUGGAGGAUAUUGCGAUUGAUAUUACUUACUUAUGCUUGUUUAUAAGAAAAGAUAAAGGGAAAAAGAUAACAUUUUUAAUUGUCCAUUUAUCCCAUAAUUGUUUAUCAAAUACGUACAUAUAUUCUUAAUUAGCCCUUUUGUUCUUAUUAUAUACUACAAACUGUAAUAUAGAAUUAUAAUCAUUUGCGCGAAUAAAAAUAAUAAUCAUUUAUGAAUUUACAAUCACUUAAUUCCAAAUUAACGAUAAAUUUAUUAAAAUUAGUUAUGAUUUUAAAUAAAUAAAUAAAUAAAUAAAUAUGAAUAAAAGAAGUCAUAUUACAUUAGAUAUGGCAUUAUCGUUUUCUUUAGUUACAUUGUCUAAUUUGUACCCUAUUUUAUGCGUUUCGUUUAUGGCUUUUAUAAUUUAAUUUGCAUGGCACAUUUAUUAAUAAUUAUAUUUAUAUUUCAAGAAUUCGGAACGAAUAUUAUCAUAACUAAUCCAAUCUAAACGUACGAAGAUACUUUUGCUACGUUUCAUAUAUAAAAAUUUAUUUCUUUUUCUCUUUCAUAAAAUAUUUAUAAAUUACAAUGAAAUAUUGUUUUUCAAUUAAUAAUCGAUUCUAUUCAUGGAAUAUAUUAAUAAUAAGUAAACGUAA